AUGGCCGUCCUCCCUGGAGUAUCCCAUGUAUCAGUGAAUGUCAGCGUCGCCGGAGAGAUUGCCACAGAAUAUGAAGUCCCAAGCGAUCAGACGCCCAUCUUUGGUACCGGCCCAGAGCUUCCUGGUCCUGUUAGCCACUGUUACAUCGAGGCAAAGACCGGCGCAGAGUUCAGGAUCGAAUUGACGGUGGAUUCUGCUUUCCAUUUUCCAAGAUUCAACAAUUCAGUCUCCCUUUUCGUCUACAUUGACGGCAUUUACCUGUCAGGCAUUGUCGUGCAAGACGACACUCUUCUUGGACAAUCAUCUCGCACCGCAGUUGUCGCGGAUGCAUAUUGUCGCCCGGAGGAAGAGGGUGGGCAGCCUUGUUUCAAGAAGUUCGUCUUUUCUUCCAUCACCACAACCGAGACCGGAUUCGGUGAAGACAUGACCAGAGAAAUGGAGCGUGCUAAAGAUCUAGGGGUUAUCAAAGCGGUUGUGGUGGCCGCAAAGACUGGUCAGCGAGUCCCUCGGAUUCAAGUGCCCGGCAUCCAAAGCCAAGAGCGAGAACUCCCGGAAAAGGCAUUGAAGGGCAGAGAACUGAGUCACCAGGGGUCCCUAGCAGUCAGCACCGCAUCGCCCGUUUCAGAAUGCACCAUACUUCACAAUCAGAAUGUGCUCGGAACGAUCUUCUUCCACUAUCGAUCCCGUGAAGCGCUUCAGCGGGAAAUGAUUAUCCCACGGUCUCCAUCAACAGAAACACAGCCUCUCGCCACAUCGUCUCCAGCUGAUACUAACCUCUCGAACCUCUCUGAAGACGAAAUUCGACGUCUAGCUAGGGAAAGACUGCGUGACCUUCAAGUCAAGAAUGAGUCCCGACACGUCAAGAGGGAGGCUGAAUCUGUACCACCAGUGGUCCGGCCUCUCAAGAUGGUCAAACUGGAUGAUGGGACAGAGGCCAUUGAUCUCACCGAGGACGAUUGA